CAGGCGUACAGCUACAAGGCUACAAUGGCAUCCUUUGGACUCCUCUCCUUACUCAGCUUCGCGGUGUGAACGAAGAAACAGAAGCAGAAGAAGAAGAAGCAGAAGGCGUUACUCGUCAGACGAGGAAGGUGGGAAAUGGAGAGCAGCGAAGAGGACGACGACUUCCCAGCUCAUGAGUGGAUCACUCCACAAUCGAAGAUCGACGCCAUUUAUCAAUCCAACACUGAAAAGGGGAUCAGAAAAAUAUGCUGUGAACUCUUGGACCUAAAGGAUGCGGUGGACAAUUUAUGUGGCAAUAUGCAAUCGAAGUAUUCAGCUUUCCUCAGGAUAUCAGAAGAGGUUGUUGAAAUGGAGCAAGAACUGAUUGACCUACAAAAGCAUAUAUCUGCUCAAGGUAUUCUUGUGCAGGAUUUGAUGAGUGGUGUUUGCCGUGAAUUGGAAGAAUGGAGCCAAUCUAACCAGGAUAUGAAUGAAUCAGAACAAGACCAGAAAGUCUUAGAAGUUCAGGAUUCCUUGCCUAAUGAAAUGGAGGAUCAGAAGCAGACUUUUUUGGAGAAUCUUGACAUUCUCAUGGCUGAACAUAAACUGGAAGAAUCUGUAGAAGCUCUAGUGUCAGAAGAAAGAAGCUGCCCAGAGCUCAAUGGUGCCGGGGAUGCUUCAUCUAACAAAACUUCUUCAUAUAAGUCUGCUUUUCUGAAAAGGAAGGCAAUGCUUGAGGAUCAGCUUAUAGAGAUUACUGAACAACCAUCAGCUAGUGUUGUUGAACUGAAGAAAGCUUUUUCUGGUUUGUUAAAAUUGGGGAAAGGUCCUUUGGCGCAUCAGCUAUUUUUGAAAGCCUUUGGGUCUCGCCUUCUAAAGAACAUUGAGGCUUUUCUGCCUUCUUGUUCCAUCUACCCUGAAACAUGCUCUGCAACAUUGUCUAAACUUGUGUUUUCUGCAAUCUCACUGACCACAAAAGAAUCUGGCUUAAUAUUUGGUGAUGAUCCUUUAUAUACCAAUAGAGUUGUGCAAUGGGCAGAGUGGGAACUUGAGUCUUUUGUGCGAUUGGUGAAGGAAAAUGCUCCCUCAUCUGAAACAACUUCUGCUCUCCGUGCUGCAAGCAUUUGUGUUCAGGCUAGUCUAAGUUACUGCUCAAUGUUGGAGUCUCAAGGAUUGAAACUUUCUAAGCUGUUAUUAGUGCUUUUGCGCCCAUACGUUGAAGAGGUCUUUGAGAUGAAUUUCAGACGAGCUAGAAGAAUGGUUCUUGAUUUGGUGGGAAAUGAUGAAACAUUUCCGUUGUCACCUCAAUUUGCAUCUCCGUUAUCUGCUGUCGCAUCGUCUUCAAAUAAUUUGCUUACUGAAAGUGGAAUGAGAUUGAUGUUCAUAGUAAAUGAUAUUGUGGAACAGCUAACACUGCCAGUUAUUUCGCAUUUUGGAGUAACUGUUUUAACCAGAAUCUCUCAGCUAUUUGAUAAAUAUGUGGAUGCUCUGAUUAAAGCCCUACCAGGUCCCUCUGAAGAUGAACAUCUCAUGGAACAGAGAGAGGUGAUUCACUUCAGGGCUGAAACAGAUGCUGAACAGCUAACACUUUUGGGAACUGCAUUUACUGUUGCUGAUGAACUGUUACCAAUGGCUGUAUCGAGGAUUUGGAGCACACCCAAUGAAAACAAUGAAACUGGAAGUGGGUCCGCUGAAAACAUAGUGCUUUCUGUGAGUAAUACGAUAGAAUUUAAGGAUUGGAGGCGCCAUCUCCAGCACUCACUGGAUAAGCUCAGAGAUCAUUUCUGCCGACAAUAUGUUUUGAACUUCAUCUAUUCAAGAGAAGGGAACACAAGGUUAGAUGCACGGAUAUACUUAGAUGGUAAAGGAGAGGAUUUGUUCUGGGACUCUGAUGCACUGCCUACCCUGCCAUUCCAGGCACUAUUCGGAAAGCUGCAGCAGUUAGCAACUGUUGCUGGUGAUGUAUUACUAGGUAGAGAGAAGAUACAGAAGAUUUUGCUAGCCAGGGUGACAGAGACAGUUGUUAUGUGGUUAUCUGAUGAGAAGGAGUUCUGGGAUGUGUUCGAGGAUGGUUCAGCUUCCCUCAAGCCACUUGGGUUGCAGCAGUUAGUUCUUGAUAUGCACUUCAUUGUUGAGAUUGCUGUUCGUGGGGGUUACCCAUCUCGACAUGUGCAUCAAAUUGCAUCAGCUAUAAUUGCUCGUGCAAUAAGAACCUUCUCUGCAAGAGGUAUAGAUCCACAAAGUGCUCUUCCUGAGGAUGAGUGGUUUGUCGAUACUGCAAAAGGGUCAAUAAACAAGCUUCUGCAGGAGACUUCUGGAUCUGAAUCGUCAGAAAAUAAUGAAGAACAUAUUAUUAUACAUGAUGAAGAAAUCUCUGAUUCUGAUGACACUAUAUCUUGCGCCUCAACUGUAGAAUCAUCUGAGUCGUUUGCUUCUGCAAAUAUGGAUGAGACUGAAAGCCCAAUGUACUUCACAGAUCCCGAUGCUUGAACAUGAUACAAUUCAGCAAACCAGGCUAUGGCACUGAAGCAUGUUAAGUGGGACGGGAGUGAAAGCCCAAUGUACUUCAGAUCCUGAGGGUUGAACAAGAUACAAUUCAGCAAACCAGGGAAUGGCAUUUAAGCAUGUUAAGUGGGAAAUUGGCCAGUUCUUUCCAACCCUGAAGUUUACGCAGUGGGAUUUUGGGUGGCUUUAGGGCUAACAAUUGAUUUAGAGUGAUUCUAAUUCAGUUAAUGUUGUUUGUUUUCUACUUCCUGUGGUGUCUACCCAAUACACAAUGAACCUGUACAGUAGCUAAGUUUCAUUUACAGCUGCCAUAGGAAAUAUAGGUAAAAGUUUUGCUCUGC